UGACAUGCUUUGAUUGACUAACAGAUAAGCCAUCUAGAUCCAUACUCCAAAAUUUUCAAUUUUCAAUCAUCUAUAUAUAUCUAUGUAUAUAUCUCAUUCACUUGCUAUCACAUUCCAUUAUUUCACUUCAUACCAAAAUAAAAAACACUACUCCCACCCCCCCCCCCCCCCCCCCCAAAAAAAAAAGCACCAUCGUUUCAAUUUUAGUUCUUAUUUGCUAUUUCUGUUCUUCCAAAUUUGGGGAUUUCAUAAAUGGUAAAGAAAGUUGAGAAGACGGCGGAGAAAUCAUCUCUGGCGCCGCCGCCUCCGCCAUGUAAGAAGAAAUAUAAGGGUGUUAGAAUGAGGAGCUGGGGUUCAUGGGUAUCUGAAAUUCGAGCGCCGAAUCAGAAGACGAGGAUUUGGUUAGGGUCUUAUUCAACGCCGGAAGCAGCGGCGCGUGCAUACGACGCAGCACUUCUAUGCCUUAAAGGUGCUUCCGCCAGCCUCAACUUCCCGGAGAUUGCUAACUCUAUUCAAACUUUCGACAACAACCGUCACUUCCGCCGUCACCACCACAUUGAUACCUCCGACGACGCCAUUAUGUCUCCCAAAUCCAUCCAACGAUUCGCCGCCGCCGCCGCCAAUGGCUUCCCGGAUAAUGUCGGAACCGUCGUCAGUCCUCCGUCCUCCGCCGUAUCGUCGCCGUCGACGUCGACAUCGACAUCUUCCACACCGUCUGAUCAGCCUGAUGAUGACAUGUCGGUCAUUGUGACAUCCAAUGGUUUUUACAAUGAUCAAUUCGAUCAUCCGACGGCUGAAAUGGAAUCUUGGUGCAAUUACUUUGAUGCCCUUCAGUCACCGAAGUACAUUGACCAAAUAUUUACCGACGGUUGGCUUGAUUUUGAUUCAAUUGCGGAGGGUAAAAUCGAUCAUUUUGACGAAGAAGAAAGUGACAUCAGAUUGUGGAGCUUCUGCUGAAGGGUAUAUCACAAAAAGUAAAAAAUUAUCUUUACUUAAUUUCUACAUUAUAUUAUAUUUAUUUAUAAAUCUUCGUAAAUUGUUUGAAGAUAUUACUGACCGUGACCAAAAAUAUAAUAUUUUUCUUUUUAAUUAACCAACCAACUCACAUGAGAUUGGACCUUUUUUUUUUCCCAAACUAAUCUCUGUGGGAGUUGGUUUUAUGAUGAAAAACGUCUAUGUAAUUUUUUGUAAUGAGUAUUCAUUGUUAUUAAUUGUUAAUUAUAUUAUAAUUAUUAUAUUAAUGGAAAUGUUAAUUCCUAA